CUAUUCUACCGUAAACCCCUGCAAGGGCAUUGGAGUGGACUGAAACAAGGCUUCAAGAUCCGAGGAAAAGAGAGAAACAGAACCCUAGAUCGCGAAUCUACCGGAUCCACUCUCGAUCGAUCUCGACAUCUCUCAUCGCCAUCGUCUUCGAUUCACGAUGGCCAGGGUCCGAUGGAUUCUAGGGUUUCUGGCCCUGAUCUGUGCUUCUCUAACCGUUCAAGGAUCCGCCAGCGUCCGCCCGAUAUCUGACGCUCACCGAUCCGCUGCUCUCGAUCUGUUCGCUUCCGCCGACGGAUCGUAUGCGAGUUUAGAAGAAACUUAUGAGGCACUGAGAACAUUUCAGAUUCUAGGACUCGAGAAGGUUUCCAAAAGUAGCCUGGCAACAUGCCCGCUUGUUGUGGAAAUACUCGGUUCGUCUUCUUCUACAACGAAGGAUGUAUUUCAUGCGUUGAGAUUGAACAGCAUUCUUAGAUGUCAGAUUGAUGCCAAAACCAUUAAGGGAAUUGUUUCCAAACUUCAAUCUGUGGCGAAGAGUGCGGACUCUUUGUUAGACUUAUAUUACUCUGUGGGAAGCUUGUUACAUAUCAAGAAUCAAGGUUUUGAUGUGUCACUGUCAGAUGCCAGUGGUGUUUUCGAUUCCAUAAAGGCGCUUAGUCAAAGUGAUGGAAGAUGGCGAUAUGAUUCUAGCAGUGCUGAAUCCAGCACUUAUGCUGCUGGUAUAGCACUUGAAACACUUGCAGGAGUGGUCUCCCUGGCAGAUCCAGAGGUGGAUCAAUCAAGGAUUGGGGUUGUAAAGAAAGAUAUUCUAAAGCUGUUUGAUAGCGUUAAAGGCUAUGAUGAUGGUGUCAUAUACUUUGAAGAGAAACAUGUUGAUACUAACGAGUACAAGGGGCCACUAGCAACUACGGCUUCAGUAGUACGUGGUAUCACUACUUUUGUUAAAGUUGAUUCUGGAAAGCUAACUAUUCCAGGGGAUAAAAUGCUAGGUUUGGCUAAAUUCUUUCUCAGCUUAGGAAUUCCUGGGAGCAACACUGAUUUAUUUGACCAAAUAGACUCGUUAUCUUGCUUGGAAAACAAGAGGGUGGCUGUUCCGCUUAUUCUCUCACUUCCAUCUACUGUACUUUCAUUAACUUCAAGGGACCAGCUAAAGGUUGAGGUGACUACAGUUUUUGGCUCUCCUGCACCCCCGCUAACAGUAAAUCUGGUAGAAGCUAUCGGUCCAGACUCGAGGAACAGCCCUACAUUGGAGAACCAGGUGCUCCAUUUUGACCAAGAAAAUAAUAUCCAUUACUUGGAUAUCCAACCACUGAAACUGGAUGUUGGAAAAUAUGCAUUAGCUUUUGAGAUUUCGCUUCAGGAUUCAGAUCUUGUAAACAGUUAUGCUACUGGAGGACGAACAAAAGCAUCUGUAUUUCUAACAGGAACUGUCAAAAUUGACAAGGCAGAAAUAGCGAUUGUGAAUAGUGAUUUUGGAAGCUCUGAAGCCACACAAAAAUUAGAUUUAUCUAGGGACAACACUCUGUCGCUAUCAGCAAACCAUUUGCAAAAGUUGCGACUAUCUUUCCAGCUAAGCACUCCUCUUUGUCAAAGCUUUAAACCACAUCAGGUGUUUCUCAAGUUGAGGCAUGAGACCAAACUUGAGCAUAUCUUUAUAUUGGAGCACUCGUCAAAGCAAUUCAAGAUAGUACUGGACUUUCUUGGCCUGGUGGAGAAGUUCUAUUAUCUUUCGGGUAAAUAUGAUAUUGAGCUCACAGUUGGUGAUGUUGCAAUGGAAAAUUCAUUCUUGCGAGCCCUUGGUCAUGUUGAGUUAGACUUGCCGGAGGCACCAGAAAAAGCAGCACAGCCACCUCGUCAACCUGUUGACCCUUUGUCAAGAUACGGACCUAAGCAAGAAAUAUCACACAUAUUCAGAUCACCUGACAAGAGACCACCUGUGGAGCUUUCUUAUGCAUUUCUGUUUCUUACCCUUUUGCCAUUUAUCGGAUAUCUCAUUGGGCUGGCAAGAUUGGGAAUAAACCUGAAGGGAUUCCCUUCCUCGGCUUUACCUGCAACAUUCGCCGUGCUCUUCCAUUCUGGCAUCGCUGCAAUCCUUGUUCUCUACGCUCUAUUCUGGUUGAAGUUCAACCUCUUCACAACAUUGAAGGUUCUUGGAUUCCUCGGUACAUUUGUAGUCUUUGUAGGUCACAGGACCCUCUCUCAUCUUGCAUCUUCUUCUUCAAAACUGAAGUCCUCGUGAGAUCGAAGCCGAAGAAUCUUUCUCUGGAGGUUUAUGCUUUAAAUUUUGCAGGCUUUAAAUUAUAGCAAGGAUAUUUGUAGUGGUUUCAAUCUUCAUAGAAGAGUUAUAUAGACCUAAGUAGGAUCAAUGUCAGGUUUAUUACUUAUAUUCUCAAUUUACGUAGAGAAAAAUGGAACAAUCUACCUGUCUGUUUCUAAGAACUAACUUAUGAUGAAGUUGUAUUAUAUUCAAAUAGCGUAAACUCUUGCCAAUUUAAGGACCCUUUGUCUGAAAAUAAUUAGUGAGAUUUAGUUUAUAUGAUA